AUCAAACGUCAUCACGUUACGUCUUCUGUAUCCGGAAGUGUUUUGCAUUCUCCCGCGAAGGCGUUGGUAUUUUUCAAAUGGAUUAAAACGCAAGGCGGUCAUGGAGUCGGAGAGCACCGAGGGCCCGCUGUUAAGCCAAGCGGAGAGUUUCAGCUCCAUCCGGGAGCGCACCAUCGCGGAGAACAGCAUGGUGGUGCUCCUGCAGGGCCUGCGGGGGGAGGUGACCACAGUGGACCUGAGGAACGAGAGCACAGCACGGGGCCGGGUGAUCAACGUGGAUGCGUUCAUGAACGUACGCUUGGAGGAGGUGCUCUAUCGUGACCCCAAAGGGCGCCUCACGAAGCUGCAGGAUCUCUUUAUCACCGGUAGAAACAUCCGCUAUGUUCACAUCCCCGACCACAUGGACAUCAUGAAGACUAUACAGGGCCAGUUGGCGAAGAUCCACCGUGUCCGCAAUUUUGCCAAAGAAGGAGGCGGCAGAAAGGAGUUUGCCAAGAAUACAAAUUAAUUGAACUCUGUCCCAACGACAUGGAGCUGGUGUCGUUUUUUUCCCUGAUGUUGUGGCUUUACUUAUGAUUGAAAAUAAACCCUUACUGAUCCUGAA